AUGAAGAUGAGCACCAGGGCACUAUUGAUGCGAUAUUCACGACCAGCCUCUUUUGCUGCCAGACCAUUUCUUGCACAAUGUCAGACGAGGAAAAGUUCGCAUAGCCCUAUGGGCACGCCGAGUACGAGGAAGAAGGUCACCAUGACUACAUUGACGUCUAUGUAUAAGAAAAGGGAACCUAUUGCUGUAUUGACGGCUCACGACUUCCCAAGCGGACAUGUCGCGGAUGUUGCGGGCAUGGAUAUAGUUUUGGUGGGAGAUAGUUUGGCUAUGGUAGCUCUGGGCAUGGAGGAUACGAGUGAGGUUAUCAUGGAGGAGAUGUUGAUGCAUUGUCGUUCUGUAUCUCGUGCUGCAAAAGCUGCUUUCACUGUUGGAGAUCUUCCUAUGGGCUCCUAUGAAAUAGCUCCCGAACAAGCUCUCGAGUCCGCUUUCCGCUUCAUCAAGGAAGGUCGAAUGCAAGGUAUAAAAUUAGAAGGGGGUAUAGAAAUGGCUCCCACCAUCAAGAAAAUUACGACUGCAGGCAUUCCAGUCCUUGGCCAUAUAGGCCUCACACCCCAACGUCAAAAUUCCCUCGGUGGUUUCCGCGUGCAAGGUAAAACUUGUGCCGGCGCAAUGAAAGUUCUUGAAGAUGCGCUCGCAGUCCAGGAAGCUGGUGCUUUCGCAAUGGUCAUCGAAGCUGUUCCUCAAGAAGUCGCAUCGCUCAUAACUGAAAAGUUAUCAAUCCCUACAAUCGGUAUCGGUGCAGGAAAUGGUUGCUCGGGACAAGUUCUGGUGCAGGUCGAUAUGACGGGCAAUUUCCCACCUGGUCGAUUUCUCCCAAAAUUCGUGAAGAAGUACGGUGAUGUUUGGAGCGAGAGCUUGAAAGCCAUUACGGAAUACCGCGAUGAAACGAAGUCUCGAGCAUACCCGGCACCCGAACACACAUAUCCGAUUUCUGAAAAGGAGCUCGAGGAAUUCCGAAAUGCGGUUGGUAAGAUGGAGUGA